GAUUUGAGUAUCUGGGUUUCAUAGGAAGAUCCUGUGAAAAUUUCCAGCAAUCACUACAAUGGAUCGCUGACCCAAACCCCUUUUCUACUCUAAUUAUCAUCCCCCUUCUCCACUUCCGGCCGUGGACGCGGCUAAGUUGGCGGCUUUUCCCCAGCUCCUUCCCAGUUUGAUUUUGCUCCACCCGAAUCGGAUGAGUCGGGGCAAGGCUCACCGCAGCCAACCCAAGUUGGACCUGGUCGCGGCCGUAGUAGGCUGUCUGACCAAGUUCUUCCAUCUUUUUCUUCCUUUGUUUCCCCCGUCAGGCAGUCUCAAUUUGGCAACUUACUUUCAUCCCGAAAAGGAUGUCGAUGGUUUUAAUUCCGCCAUUGAGUCAGAAGCGAAGCCGAAACCCUUUCAGUCGAGUGAAACUAAUCUCCCCUCUAGCAUACUUUCAGUUUUACCCGGAGCUGGACGAGGGAAACCUUUGAAGCAAUCUGAUCCUGCAGCUCAAGUCAAGGAAGAAAACCGUCAUCUUCGGGUCCGGCAGCAGCCUUCCAGGUCUGCAUCUGCCGCAGACCCAUCCCCAGCUCAGCCUAAGUUGAGCCAGGAAGAAGCUGUGAAGAAGACAAUGGGAAUCCUUUCGCGUGGAGGUGAUGGCGACGAUGCUGGUGGGAUGGUGAGAGCAAGACCGGAAGGGGGUAGAGGAAGGGGAAGGGGAAGGGGAAGAGGGAGGGAACGAGGGAGAGGAGAGAGACGGAUGGUAGUGGACAGAAGCAAUGUUAAGUACUCUGAGGAAGCAGACGAUCCAUAUGUCGGUGACGAAGCAGAUGAAGAAAAGUUGAUACAAGAGAUUGGACUUGAGAACGUGAACAGCAUUGUUGAUGGGUUUUUGGAUGCAAGCAGUAGGGUCGUACAUUCGCCUUUGGACGAUGCUUAUUUGGACGCCUUCCACACUAAUUGCCUGAUUGAGUGUGAGUCAGAGUUUUUGAUGGUAGAUUUUGGCACAAACCCAGAUAUUGAUGAUAAACCACCAAUUCCUCUUCAUGAUGCACUUGAGAAGGUGAAGCCCUUCCUGAUGGCAUAUGAAGGAAUUCAAAGUCAAGAAGAAUGGGAGGAAGCCGUCAAAGAAGCGAUGGAGAGGGUCCCUUUAUGGGAAAAGGUUAUUGAUCAGUACUGUGGACCUGAUAGGAUUACAGCAAAGAAACAGCCAGAGGAGCUAGAAAGAAUUGCAAAAACUAUUCCUAACAGUGCGCCAGCUUCUGUGAAGCAAUUUGCUAAUCGUGCAGUUCUUUCCCUGCAGAGCAACCCUGGUUGGGGAUUUGACAAGAAAUUCCAAUUCAUGGAUAAGCUUGCCCGAGAGGUCUCUCAAUGAUACAAUUGAAGUUGGAAGGCUUGUUUCUGAUGAUGAUGUCAUGAUUACUGAGAUCUUUUUCUGGAAUCCAUAUAUGUUGAUUCAAUAUUCAUUUGAAAAAUAAUCUUAUAUGCAAAAUGUUUUUCCAAAAAAUAUUGGAGUUGUGCCCCAUAAUUGACUGUUGGAAUAAACUCCUUGAGCAGGU